AUGAUACCAGUGCUCACAGCUCUCGAUCUCCCGCCUACGUCCUACCUCCCGCCCGUGAAAAGGCUCGUCUCAGGCGACGUCGACCCCUCGGCCAUCCUUAGCGCACUCGACUACCUGUACACGCUCUACCGCCCCGAGGUCCACGGAUCGCGGCGGCGAAGGCAAAUACGACAGGCGGGACCUGAGGCCGAGCUAGACGCUCUUGAGGCGAUUAGGGCUGAUGACUUCGAGCGGACGUAUACUUUAAGGUGGCUUACGUCGCUUAUCGGGCUUGCGGAGGAAGAAGGCUCGAUACCUACUCCGGCCCGGACUCCGGCUACGUCUCCAUCACUGACCUCGGUCCUCAUCGAACGCGCGGCCUCCCUCUUGGCUAUAUGCGCGGGCACCGCGUCCGCGGGGACGCUCACCCGCGCGUUCACCUUCUCGUCGCCCGGCGGGGACGUUAGCAUCCAGCUAACAGACAUCCCACUCAUCAACGCGGACUAUACGAGUGUGGGCGCGCAAACGUGGGGUGGCGCGUGCGUCCUUUCGGAUUUGAUUGCGGAACGGCCAGAUGCGUUCGGGCUUGGAUUAAACGGCGGAGGCUGUCAGGGAAAUGAAGGAGGGAGGAGUCUGAGGGUGCUCGAGCUCGGUGCGGGAACGGGACUGGUUAGUCUUACAGUGGGCAAGCUCCUCGAACUUCAGCUACCGGCUCAGCAAAAGGACUACGCGGCGGAGUUGGUCGCGACGGACUUUCAUCCCUCGGUGCUGGCCAACCUCGGCGCGAACAUCGAUGCUAACUUUUCGUCUUCCUCUCCAUCGUCGAGCGCGUCUGUACGAAGCUGCUUCCUCGACUGGGCUGCGUUCAAUACUGACAGUACCUCGACACUGGGCCACGAGCCAUUCGACGUCGCUUUCGGCGCGGACAUCAUCUACGAAGCCGAACACGCGCGCUGGAUCAAGGGGUGUCUCGCGCGUUUGCUGCGUCGCUCGGACCCUAGGCGACCCGAGUCCAAGGCUCAGGCACCCACGUUCCACCUCGUCAUUCCCCUUCGCUCGACACAUAAAUUUGAGAGCAGCACCGUCGAGUUGCACUUCCGCUGGGAUGGGACCGCUCGCGGUGCUGACCAUACGAUCGAAGACGAGUUGGUGAUCCUUUCGAAGGAGACAAUCGUCUGCGACGCGGUCGGCGGUGGGGGGCGACCGGGGCGGGACGAUGCAGACGAGGUGGUGUAUGUGUAUUAUCGCAUUGGAUGGGAGAGUUGA